CGCGCCGCACACCCAUCCCAUCGAUCUCACCUUGGUCUCGCUGUGAUCUCACCUUGGUCUGGCUGCUAUCCAGUCUUCCUCAUGCUCGAUCGCCAUUGGCUCCGACUCCCCGAUCCUCAUCGAUCGGCAAAGUCGUACCUCCUUGCCCUCAAACACUUCUUGCAGACCUACGACUGGCUGUGGACUCAUCAUGCAACCGACUUUUUCGUCAACGACUACUGGAAUCAAUCUCGCUUCCCAGACUCAUGGAAAUUCCUCAAGGAUGAGCUCUCCUAUCCGGAUCUAUUGGAGCUUGCGACAUUUCAAGAGUCACAGGCACACUGGCCGACAGAUCUGAGGGAGUAUAUCGCACUCUCCAAGACGAUCCCGCUUCCCCGCUCGGCUGACGACGACUCUGUCGUCCAUAAACUCAAGACCACAGUGCGUCCGUUGGAUAAGAAGAUUGUGUACGGCAUGUCUCCCAAGAAGCGCCACGAAGUUGGAAUCAUGGCCGCUUUGAUUCACGAGUUGAUGGCCAUCGACGGAGCGACCUAUGCGGUCGAUAUUGGCGCCGGCCAAGGAUACCUCGACAUGGUACUGGCCUUCCAGUAUGGUCACAAUGUCAUUGGAAUCGACGACGACGAGAUCCAAACCUGCGGCGCCCAGCGCCGGUCAUCGACAAUCGAGCGAGUCUUUGCUGACCACAACGGCGGUAGGCUCUACCAUAUCAAUCGGCGGGUCCAUGCCACCGAGUCGCUCCCGGACCUAGUUCAGCAUGCAAUCGCUGCCGACUCGGAUGCAAGCCUUGACGCUUCUGUGGAUCCCGAUGCCAAGUGGCUCCUCUGCGGACUCCACAGCUGCGGUGACUUGACGCCCAACAUCAUCCGGCACUUUCUGAAGAGUGAGGCUUCGCUCCUGGCUGCGGUUUCAUGCUGCUAUAACCAUGUCACCGAAUCGUUCACGCCCGGCCAUGAACAAGUGCCUGACUGGGAGGCCCAUCGUGCUCAGAAGCGGCCGCUGCCCAAGACCGACGAGCCUGGAUUUCCGAUGAGCCGGUUUCUGCAAUCCGAGAAGAUGUCGCUCGGAUUCACUGCCCGCAUGCUGGCCUGCCAGGCAACUACCCGGUGGGCAGGACAGGAUGACGGGCGAGAGAGCUAUACCAAGCACUACCAUCGGGCACUGCUCCAAUAUGUCAUCCGGGACCUUGGUCUCAUAUCCAACAGCGUUGCAUCCAAAGACAUCAACGUCGGACGGCUUUCUCGCAGUGCAUUCGGUCGAGGCUUUGCUGCCUAUGCAGCAGCAGCACUUUCGAGGCUCGGCAUCAGCGACGUCCCAAUCGAGAGGCUGGGGCAGUAUGAAAAGGACUUUGAAGACCGAGAGAAGGAGAUUGCAGUGGUCUGGACGCUCCGCGCUCUGCUGGCGCCCGCCAUCGAGAGCAUGCUGCUUGUCGACCGGUUCCUCCACCUUAUCGAAGAAAGCGGUCAAGAUGAUUACGUUAUGCCGACCGAACAGCAGCCACCUGUCACAACCGACAGUCCAUCCGCGAGAAUGGGUGCGCCAUGGUUCGACUCUUGCGGCGACCAUGCCAGCAGCAGCGUUGUUACGGAAGGAAGAAGCUGCGGCGACACCAGCAGCGGCGCUGGCGAGCGCAAUGCCCAUGAUAAAGUCCAAGACGAGAGCAAUGGUAUCGCCGCGACCAAGGGUCACCAGCGGCUGGUCGUCCGGCUCUUCCCGCUGUUUGACUCGGUAGAGUCGCCCCGUAACAUGAUUCUUGUUGCGCGCAAAUGUAAAACGGACUAGGCACCAGUUCACCUCGACGAUGCGGUCGCCACCAGCCUUGAAUACAUCGAAUGGUGCUCGCCAUGCCAGAGCACAUUGACUCAUUAUCGCCAUCGCGAUUGCUGCCAGUUUCUGAUGGUAAUCGGCCGAUCCGUGUCAUGGUGGACGGUUUGUGCAUAGCGCCAGCGAUGCUGCGAUGCUGAUGCUGCGAUGCUG